AUGAGAGACUUUAACCUAGACCUUCUCCGAUACAAUCACCAUGUUCCAACACAGGAAUUUAUUGACAGCUUAUUUUCACACGCAUUUCUUCCUCUCAUCUCCAAUCCAACGUGCCUUACCUCAUACUCUGCGGCACUAAUUGACAACAUAUUCACCAACAGCCUUGAACAUAAUGUUAUCAGUGGGAUUUUUCUAAAUGAUUUAUCUGACCACUUACCUGUUUUUGCAUACUUUGACGACGCAACUCUAACGCGUAGCACAGAAAGGAAAAGUAGGACACGUACAUUCAAUGACUCAAUCAUAAAUUGA